GUCAACUCACGCUUACUGGACUAAAGGACAGCGCAGUCGCAUGUUCCAUCCGCACUCUGACCACACAACUUAGGGGACACAUUCCCUGAAGACAUGGCUUUGCUGAGAGGCUUUCUGCUUGCUGCCUUUCUGGCUCACACACAGGCAGUUCCUGCAGAUCUGCGUCCCGUGGUUACCCUGAAGAAGGGGACCUUGCAUGGAGAGUAUGUUACUGUGAAAGGCACGAAGCAAGUGGUGGAGCAGUACUUGGGGAUCCCUUUUGCUCAAGCCCCCGUGGGAGCCCUGCGCCUGAGUGCCCCCCAGCCCCCACUGUCUUGGGAAGGGGUUCGAGAUGCCACCCAGCAGCCUCCUCUGUGUCUCCAGAACACAGAUAUUAUUGCUGAUAUAGCAAAAAGUGCAAACAUGAACUUCUCCAUUCCACAUGUGUCUGAAGACUGUCUUUACCUUAAUGUGUACACCCCCAGUGACCGUUCUGCUGAUGAGAAAUUACCGGUGAUGGUGUGGAUCCAUGGUGGUGGGCUAAUCAUGGGUGGCGCUGUCCUGUUUGACGGGUCACCGCUGGCAGCCUAUCAAAAUGUGGUUAUGAUUGUGAUCCAGUAUCGCCUCGGAAUUCUGGGAUUCUUCAGUACUGGAGAUGAACAUGCCAAAGGCAACUGGGGCUUCCUUGACCAAAUCGCUGCCCUUCAAUGGGUCCAAGAAAACAUUGAAAGUUUUGGAGGAGACCCAAAGUCUGUCACCAUUUUCGGAGAAUCUGCCGGAGGGAUGAGCGUAUCCUUGCUCAUGAUCUCUCCCUUGUCGGCAGGCCUGUUCCACAAAGCAAUUGCUCAGAGUGGCAUUGCAAACGUGGAAAUCACUUCCAGGCACAAUUCAUCAGUUCUGGCCAAGAAAGUGGGUAACCUAGCUGGGUGUGACAACAAUACUUCUGAGCAUCUUGUCCAGUGCCUGAGAGAGAGGACUGAGGAGGACUUUCUGAAAGUUAUCAGAACAUUGACUUCGUUUCAGCAACAGCUGAUUCCAGGCUUAACAGUAGAUGGACAUUUUAUGAAAAAGCCUGUUGGAGAAAUAUUUAGAAGCAAAGAAUUCCUAAAGGUCCCACUACUCUUAGGAGUCACUAACCAUGAAUGUGGAUGGAUAAUUUGCAAGAUAAUGGCUCCUCCUGGCUGGGAAAAGGGCAUGGACAAACAGACAGUGCUGUCAACUGUAAAUCAUACCUUCCCUACGGCUGCAGGUGCAAGUAAGCUGAUUGCAGACGAAUAUAUCCGAGAUGCUAAAACACCAGAGGAUGUUCGCGACGCAUUCACUGAAAUGAUAGGCGAUAUGUUGUUCAUCAUUCCCACCCUCAGAGUUGCUAUAUACUACAGAGAUGCGGGCCUGCCAGUGUAUCUCUACGAAUUCCAGCACGUGCCAUUAUCUCAGGUGGGAAAACGGCCCAGCUUUGUCAAGGCUGACCAUGCAGAUGAUAUUGCCUAUGUCUUCGGAGCUCCCUUCUGGAAUGCACACGUUGAAAUCGUUGGUCCCUUCAGUGAAGAGGAAGCAGAGCUAUCCAAAAAUAUGAUGGCAUACUGGGCCAACUUUGCUCGCACAGGCUCUCCCAAUGGGCCAGAUCUGGUUCUGUGGCCGGCGUUUGGAGAAUCCAAGGAAUACCUGAAGUUGAACUUGGAACAAACAACGGGCACCAAGCUGAAGGAGCAGCACUUUCACUUUUUCACUGUCACCCUGCCCAAGAAGUUAGCAGAGAUACAGGCAGCAAGCGCAAAGCCUUAAUACCAGCUCACAAACACUCACACUGAGAGUAGUCCUGUGCUUAUUUGUGUUUUAUGUGACAUUAAAGCUGUACAUAAAGUAUACAUAAACAGUAUUGUCUUCUGAUUUACGCAAGCAUGUUCUUGUCAAAGAUAUUGUGGCUUUUCUUUUCAUGGUUAUUAUUACAUUUACCUGACAAUUUUGACUAAAGCAGCUUACAAUUAUU